AUGGUUCGAUUCAAGAAUCGAUACAUGGUAUUUGAGCUCGAGUGGAAGCAUGACAACGAGCUCAAGCUGCUCCAGGUGUUUCGACAAGCAGUGCAGGAUCUGCAUGGGGAGGCACUCCUCGGCCUCGUGCUGGCAUCCCUGCAAGUCAAGUACUACAAUCCAUUGCAACACCUGUGUGUCGUCCGCUGCGGUCGUGAUGACCACACAAAGGUGUGGGCCGCCCUCACCUGCCUGACGGCCAUCAAGAAUGAGCCAGUGGCUAUUCGACUGGUGCAUCUGACAGGAGACGUGAAUGCUUGCAAGGCUCUGAUGCUGAAGACAUUGCCGGAAGAUGAUGGAGCCGGGCCCAAUGCUAAGAUAUUCGCACAGGCCCGACUCAACAUAGAGGCAAUGGAGGUGUGA